AUGCGGGAUGCGGCCGUCUCCUCCACCCCCACGGAGGCACGUGACUCCCGAUGGAACUUUGGGGAUUCGAGGCUCCUGUGGAACGCGCCGGGAGGAGACCAUCUGUCGUGUCUAGGCUUCAAUCAGUUCGCAGCUGCAGGGGAGAAUCGCACGAGGUUGCGCCACUUAGCUCAGGGGUUUGCACGCGUGAAGAGAAGAGGAAGCGAGGAAGGAAUAAGAUUCGCCGUGGGAUUCGUUGUAGGACUUGCUCUGGGAUUCGCCGUGGGAUUCGUUGUAGGACUUGCUCUGGGAUUCGCGAUGGAUGACGUUUCCGAGAUCGUGCUAUGCGUCAUCUCUAAGGAUGGGAAAGCCAUGGUGCGAUCACUGAGAAUUGAUGACCGUCCAGUAGGAUCGGGGAUAGUGUUCGGCAUCCCAUUGAAGAGGUGCUUGGAGAACGACCGCCGGAAGCGCAUCGCCGCCGCCAGCCCCUUCCGGGAGUCCAACGAGUCCCGCUGCAGCAAGCUCUCCGAGAGCGACGCCGGAAGCUACGAAGAAGGAGGGGGCUCGGAAUCACAGGAUGGAGGACCCGAGGUCCCCCUACUUGUAUCGGUGUGCCUGAAGCACCUCGAAGCCAACGGCCUUCACACCCUCGGGAUCUUCAGGGUCAGCUCCUCCAGGAAGCGAGUCCGACAGCUGAGGGAGGACUUCGACGGCGGGGCGGAGGUGGCCUUGGACGAGACCCAGUGCCCGCACGACGUGGCGACGCUCCUCAAGGAGUUCCUUCGGGAUCUGCCCGAGCCCUUGCUCACUAAGGACCUCUACAAGCCUUUCAUCGCCACUCAAAAGCUGAACCAUCGAUCGGACCAGGUGAAGGCCAUGAGGCUCCUGGUGAGCCUGUUGCCCCCGUCGAACCGAGACACCCUCUGGGUCCUCCUCAACUUCCUCGCGAACGUCGCCGCCAACGCCGAGGACCACCGCACCCGAACAGGGGACUGGGUGACGGGGAACAAGAUGGACUCGAACAACCUGGCGACGGUGAUGACCCCGAACAUCCUCCCGACCCCGGAGUCCCUGGCCAAGAAGGGUCAGCCCUUGACCUCGGUCUCCGGGGCCAUGAACGCGGCCGAGCGAUGCGACGCCAUCAACACCGUCAACCAGAUGAUCCAGCUCAACAAGGAACUCUUCGUCGUACGUCCUCGCGUGCAGCACAGACUGGUGCACGAAGGCCCCCGGGAAUGCGGGAUUUACGAGUUUCGUGUGACUGUUGGACUGAAGAAGCUGCAGGCCGGGGAGAAAACGCUCGUACCCACCAGUCUCUUGGACCAAGUGUGCCUACGACUUCUGGAGAAGGAGCCGGCCGCCUUGGAAUACAUCAUGCGGAAGAAAGCCGGCAUUCUCGACGAGAUCGAGAUCGACCUGGACACAAGCAGCAGCCAGAUGGAAGCGUCGGGAGAACUUGUUGCGUAUCAUCGGCUAGCCGAACUGGAUCUCAACAGGACAUCAAGCUCGGGUGACGUGGACGGAAGACGCUACAUGAAGCGAGAGGAGAUCUUACACGAGGGAGCUGGGACGGGAGGACGAAGAGUGAGUCGAAGCAGCGAAGACACGAGCACCACCAGUACCUCCGGCUGGUUCCGAAAGAGGGAGAAGAGUUCCUCCAGGGAGCUGGGACCCGAAUGCGACCAGAACCCGCAGCAGUCCAAGGGGAAUUGGUUCAGGCGGGGGCAUCGGAGACGGGAGAGGGAGAGGAGCAAGACCCAAGGCGACAUCCAGUUCGCCUUCCCCGGUCCAGACAGCGAUCUCAAGAACGGAGAGCCGACCAAGUCCCCGUCGGAGGGCGAGAUCUACGACCCACAUUCCCAAGUGAGGCCGCUGUUGUUGGGCUGGGAGCUGGAGCGGGAACGGGACCUCAGGCUGGCGGUGCCGGAACAAGACAUUUCGAGGAGGAUGAGCAGUCCCGACGGCGGGACGAGCGCUGCCAUCAUCACGGCAAGUCUUCGCAUUCCGGUCCCUCUCUCCCGCCAACAUGCGUCCGCCUACACUCUCGAAGACCACGACAUCCCGUUUAUCGAAGACGAAGUUCGCGUCGGUUCCCUCAAGGACGUGCCGGUGUUCACGCCUCUGCAGAAGAGCGCGAGUGCCAUCGCGCCGCAGAUGCAAAGCCGGGACUCGGCCUUCAGCACAGGAUCCUCCGACAGUGCCAUCAGGGGCGCCAGUUCGGAGGUGAGCACCCCAUCGUCUCCAGAAGCACCCAUGCGAAGGGACUCGUUGUCCAAGAGUGCCACCUUGGGAUCCUUCGUGGUUUCGGUGAAACCGGGAGGCAUCGAGGUGACGCCGACGCCUCGCAAGGGACAAGAGCGACGGACGAGCGCCAGCGCCGACAACACCCCGGCGAAGUCGAGCAGGUCUCGAUCGUCUCGCCGCGACUCUGCAGGGCGUGGACGGCGACCCAGUGCCGAUGGGUCCUCGUCCAGCACCGGAAGUACUGCCAGUGCCUCCGGGAAGUGGAAGCGCUGGGAGAUCAUCGCCUCGGAUCCCAAGAGUCGGAAGUCUCACGCCUGAAGAAGGAAAGCACAGCCACCUCAAACAUUCCUAUCCUCACAUUGUCUUGUGGUUUACUUGUGUUGAAGUCUAGGAGAGCCUUUUCAAACAAAAAAAAAAAGAAAAAAGAAAAAGAAAACAACCAACAUCAGAUAUCACAGCAGCAAUAAUGAAAUCAUACUUGCAUUGGUAAGCAUAGAGUCAAACAGAUCCAACUCUAGUCUCGUGCCUAGUCACCAAAAUCUAAAAUAUCAGGGUUCUUCAAGUGCCUUCAUGACCCUCAUCCAAAUAAAUGCUUUGUGUUUCUUUUUUA